UUAUGUGUUGUUUUCUUCUACGUUGUUUUCCUACCUAGACGCAAUGUGACACAUCGUAUUUAAAGCCCCAAGCUUAGUGCCUGAUGCGGUGCUAUGAAUUACUUAAUAUGACCCUCCUAGCCAUUUUUUUUUUUUAGCCAUAGUCUUCAUGACUCAUGAUAGUUGAGUCCAAAAACAAAAUCCAGUGCCGUCGAGUUGAUUCCGACUCAUAGCGACCCUAUAGGACAGAGUAGAACUGCCCCACAGAGUUUCCAAGGAGCGCCUGGCGGAUUCGAACUGCUGACCCUUUGGUUAGCAGCCAUAGCACUUAACCACUACGCCACCAGGGUUUCCAAUAGUUGAGUGGGACUAUGCAAAUAAGGGGUAUACAGCUUGUGAUGAUUGGGGUUAUGUGUCAACUUGGGUAGGCCAUGGUUCACAGUAUGGUAUGGUUGUCCUCACAUUUUGUGAUCUGAUGUAAUUAUCCUCCAUGUUGUGAUGUGUUGUGAAUCCUAACCUCUGUGCCUGUGGUUGUGUUAAUGAGACAGGAUUAGGGAUGUGUCUUGAGUCACCACCAUCCUAGAGUGUGUAAUUUAAGUCACCACCCUUACUCCAGUCACUACUUUUACUAAAGGGUGUGACUCAAGUCAUGGCCUUCUCAAGUAGGGGGAGUUUUCUUGAGGAUGUGGUCUGCAUCGAAUGGAUAUGAAUGCUCUGAGGAAGUUCUCUCUCUCUCACUCUGUGGAUUCCCCAUCUGGUUUGUAAUCAUCUGAUCUCCAGAUCCUGGAACUUGAGCUAGUAGCCUGCCAUCUGACUACCAAUUCUGGGAUUCGCCAGCAUCCGCAGCCUCUUGAGCCAGCAGCCUAUCGUCUGACCUGCUGGUUUGGAUUCAGCAAGCAGCUUGUUGUCUGACCUGCCAGUUUGGGUUCAUUAGCCCCUGCAGCCAUAUGGGUUGGGAGAAACCUCCAGCCUGACACCUGACCCACGGAUUUGGGACUUGCCAGCCUCCACAACUGCGUUUUCUACUUAUAAAAGACAAUGACUACUGAUGAAGGUGCCAAGAACAAUGGAGAAAGCCCAGCAGCAGCUGUUGCUGAACGAGGAGAGGAUAUUACCUCCAAGAAGGACAGAGGAGUAUUAAAGAUUGUCAAAAGAGCAGGGACUAGUGAGGAAACGCCAAUGAUUGGAGACAAAGUUUAUGUCCAUUACAAAGGAAAAUUGUCAAAUGGAAAGAAGUUUGAUUCCAGUCAUGAUAGAAACGAGCCAUUUGUCUUUAGUCUUGGCAAAGGCCAAGUUAUCAAGGCUUGGGACAUUGGAGUGGCUACCAUGAAGAAAGGAGAGAUCUGCCACUUACUGUGUAAACCAGAAUACGCAUAUGGCUCAGCUGGCAGUGUCCCCAAAAUUCCCUCGAAUGCUACUCUCUUUUUUGAGAUUGAGCUCCUCGAUUUCAAAGGAGAGGAUUUAUUUGAAGAUGGAGGCAUUAUCCGGAGAAUCAAACAGAAGGGAGAGGGAUACUCAAACCCAAACGAAGGAGCAACAGUAGAAAUCCACCUGAUUGGCCACUGUGGUGGACGGCUGUUUGAUUGCAGAGAUGUGACAUUCAUUGUUGGUGAAGGAGAAGAUCACGACAUUCCAAUUGGAAUCGACAAAGCCCUGGAGAAGAUGCAGCGGGAAGAACAAUGUAUUUUAUAUCUUGGACCACGAUAUGGUUUUGGAGAGGCAGGCAAGCCUAAAUUUGGCAUUGAACCUAAUGCUGAGCUUAUAUAUGAAGUUACACUUAAGAGCUUCGAAAAGGCCAAAGAAUCCUGGGAGAUGGAUACCAAAGAAAAAUUGGAGCAGGCUGCCAUUGUCAAAGAGAAGGGAACCGUGUACUUCAAGGGAGGCAAGUACAUGCAGGCGGUGAUUCAGUAUGGAAAGAUAGUGUCCUGGCUAGAGAUGGAGUAUGGUUUAUCCGAAAAAGAAUCGAAAGCUUCUGAGUCGUUUCUGCUCGCUGCCUUUCUGAACCUGGCCAUGUGCUACCUGAAGCUUAGAGAGUACCCCAAAGCUGUGGAAUGCUGCGAUAAGGCCCUUGGACUGGACAGUGCCAAUGAGAAGGGCUUGUACAGGAGGGGUGAAGCCCAGCUGCUUAUGAAUGAGUUCGAGUCAGCCAAGGGUGACUUUGAGAAGGUGUUGGAAGUGAAUCCCCAGAAUAAGGCUGCAAAGCUGCAGAUUUCCACGUGCCGGAAGAAGGCUAAGGAGCACAAUGAGCGGGACCGCCGGAUAUAUGCCAACAUGUUCAAGAAGUUUGCAGAGCAGGAUGCAAAGGAAGAAGCCAGUAAAGCAAUGGGCAAGAAAACUUUAGAAGGAGUCACCGAUGAAAAAGGAACAGAAGGUCAAGUGAUGGAAGAAGAGAAACCUGAAGGCCGUGUAUGACCCCACGCUAAGGAGGGAAGAGAGGCCUAAUGAACUCAGCCCCCUCCUCAAUAGGCUUUCACCCAACUCAGGACUAAGCAGUGUUUAAUGUAAAGUUUGUUAUAGUCUAUGUGAUUCUGGAAGCAAAUGGCAAAACCAGUAGCUUCCCCAAAACAACCACCCUGCUGCUGCCCAGUGCACUCAUCGAGGGGUGGCAUGGGACCACUCUAGGUGGCGCAAAACAUGGAAAUGACUGUUGGUGUGGAGAGAGUGAACCAACAGACCAAGUCCGGCUCAUUUCAGUUUAUGUCAACUUUCAGUAUCCAGUUCAGGGUCCCUCGAGAUAAUCAUAAGUUGGGGCUGUCUGUUGUGUUUUACAUUUGAUUGCAUUUGAUUGAACUUUAAUAGCACUGCCGAAACCUGAAAAAAAAAAAAAAAAUGCUCAAUGAAUUUCUCCUUUCCUAUAGUUGGGUGGGGUGGGGGAAGGGGGGUGAGGCUUUGUUUUUUAAAUGAGUGAAGUGCUACAAAUGCAACCUGUUGCAUUUUUAACCAACAGAAUCCACAGUAGAGGGUCCGAUCUCCCCUCAGGUACACAGUAGCGUCACAGACUUGGAAGCCAGAACUGCAGAGGCCACUCGCUGGCUGCCUUAACCUCCUCCUAACCCCCCUCGUCAGCACAGCCUCCUUGUGAAGUGGGUUUCUACCGGGCCCCGCUUGUCCCUCGGGGAGGAAUUCUGUCAUUCCCAAAGCACUUCUGCAAUGGUAGUGAGCAGACGGGUGUUUCUGGAUUGGCUUUCCCUGUUUUGUAUGAGGUUCUGAGUUGCUGAAAUGUGAAAGUAGCAAUUAGAAUUGUGCUUUCCCCCCUUCUCUAUUCCUUUUAAAUAAUGAGUACAGUCCUGCCUGCUUGCAUUGCUACUGUUGAGUUUCUUGUUUCCAUUCUAAUUUUUGUUAUUAAGAACUUCAGACUUGUUCUUAUAAUGUCUGAGACCUGGAGUGGAUUUAUUUACAUAUCCAUUUAGGAUUGAUGCAGCUUUUUUGUCUUCUUUUUUAAAUUACUGGCACAUAGACAUAUAUAUACUGGUUUAUGGAACUUCAUUUACACUCCUAUAUCAUGCCAAAAACAUUGACUUCUUACUAAGUAGUUUAAUUUUUAAAAACAGAAUCUGUGGGGCCGGGGAAAAAAGUAGUUCCUCUUCUACAUUAAGGGUUUUACUUGCAGGUUUGACACGCAGUUGCUUUUGCCCCUGCGCUGAUAGCUUCUUUGUUCUGGUGUAAGUUGUGGAAAGAAGGAUGGAAAACAGUUUCCCAUGCAGGUACAUCUAACCCAAAUCUCCAGUACUUGGGCAUUGAAUUAGGGCAAGUCUUAAAUAUGUACGUGUAGCUGAAUUUUAGUCCUUACGGGUAAAUGAGAUUGAGCAUGGCUUUCCGUUUCCACAGCCUAAGAAAUGCUCAUGGGACUGCAUUUGGUAACCCAUGGAACGGUUCACUUAAACCUGGGACAUCUCAGUUUUCUAAACCUUAAAGGAACACUGGCAGUUAUGUUUUAGAUUAUUUUUUUAUUUUUAUGGUGGUUUUAACCAAACGCUUUCAUUGUUAGGUUAGGACACACCUUAAAACCUAAAGAUGAAGUUGUUUCCUUUUAUACCAGUUUUUUUCUCCAUGAACAAAUGGAAUUAAGUUGUGAGUUUUUUCCUUUCAUUGUAACUAAAACCCCUCUAGUUUCCAAUUUAUGCUUUUGUCUCUUUUGUGAAAUAUUUCUUAUAAAGUCCCAAUCUUACCUAGGAAAUAUGAAAAGCAAAAAUUGAUUUUGCUUAUUUUCUUAACUGUUUGAUAUUUGUAGCUCUGUUGACUAGAGCAUGAUUCCAAGGAGGCCAAGAGUGAGAUUUGAUCCCCAAAAGGCCGGUUAGCUUUUGGCAGGUAACAGAUAAAAAUACUAUUCCAAAAAUCAGAGUAUCGCAGCUAGCUGUCUCCCAAGUGUGUGUUAUGGGUCAGAAGAGGGGCCUGGGUAAGACUGUGGAGGAGGGAGGGAGUUGGGAGAGAAAGUGUGUGAGUGGCUCUCAGCAGGUGAUUAAGAUGUGCCCAUCACCACUCAAGAAAAAGCAAGUUCACAUAUUCUUGUAUCAAAUUCAAUAAUCUUAAAACAGUUUGUGGAGAAAUCGCUGAUACCUUUGAACCGUCUUUUUAGACUGCACACAGAGUGAGGAGUCAGCAUAUGAUGAAUUAAAAACAAAUUCUUUUGUUUUUUAAACCAUCAUUUAGAUGUACUUUUUUGUGUCCCCUAAAUAAAUUGGAAAAAAAAAGGUGAUUUCCCAUUGUUCUUUGUUUUGCUUAAAUAGCCUUCAGGGAAAGUUGUUUUGGUUGGAAAGCUGUGGUGGGGCAAAGUUGAAGAAAUGAGACAUCAGAAAAAUUGGAAAGAGACAAUAUUUUCAUGCUCUUUAAUAUACAACCUGAAAUCAGUAUUGGGGUAGAGGCAGGGGAAUUAUGCAUCUUUGUUAAAAUGAACCAAAUAAUUGGGAAAAUAAGAUUUUGUUUUUUUUAUUAGCUGGUGGAUAACUCUACCUUUUAAACUGAUUUUAAGGUAGGUUCAGUUUUUUUCUGUGUGUGCCCUUUAGUAAAUAUGUGAAUUAGCAUAUAAAUAAGCAUAUUUGAGGCAAUGUUCUAUGUUAAGUGUCCUUUCUUAAGUAGCAUAUUUCAUCAGAUACUCACUGGUAUAGACUCUGAAGGCCUAAGGAGAUGAUGCCUCCUACCCUUCAAUCCUAAUUGACACUGCAAAGGCAAGGUGUGAGGUGCUGGGAGGGUGCGGGCCUUUCACAAGUGGGAGGGGAAAGAAGUAACCAUUUUCAAAUAGUGCUCAAGGGAAACUCCUUUACCAGGGCCUAACCAAAAAAGAGGAAGGACCCCUGGUGGUGCAGUGGUUAAGAGUUUGGCUGCUAACCAAAAGAUUGGCAGUUCGAAUCUACCAGCUGCUCAUUGGAAACCCUAUGGGACAGUUCUACGCUGUCCUAUAAGCUUGCUAUGAGUUGGAAUCGACUAGAAGGCAGCAGGUCUGGUUUUCCUUUUUGUUUUACCACUGAGGCCUUACAGACUGGUUGACACAGGUUCAAAGCCCCCUUUGGUCUCAGAGUUCGUUGCUUCAUCUCUGCAUUUGAAUUAAACUCUUCCCUCCUUAAAUUAUUUGGCAAUGAAAUAAUUUCCUUUAUUUGCAUAUUUUUUCUAAACACAUAGUGGUUAUACAAGGGACCUGGAGGAUGAGCAAGGGAAAAUUUUCUAGCUGUCAAUUCGUGAUGUCAGUAAUCCAGAGGCAGCCUGCACCCCGUUCAAGAACAAGGAGCACUGCCAAGAGCUUUGCCUGUGCUUCUUGGGCUUGUUUUUGAUUUUUUGUUUUGUUUUUUUGUUUUUCUGGCAGCACUUUGAACUCCCUUCUUUGGUGUGGUGCUUUGGAACCCUAACCCUAACCCAACCCUGGGAUACUGUCACCACCACUGGUGACAAAAUGCGUUGAACUUGAGCUGGUUUGUCAAAAUCCCAAAACUCUGAACUCCCCUACCUAGCUGGACCUUUUUUCUAUCUCCUGGCUGCUUAGGCAUUUGAAUAGCAGUGACUGACAAGUGUGCAUAUAAGGGCAUCCUCUAAUGGUUGGAAAAAGCUUCUGGGACCUUCAGUGUUACUCUUCAGAUUUCUGCUCUUACAUGUCUGACAGAGGAUUUCUGUGGGAGGUAGGAGGGACAUAUGAAAAGAAGACACUGUCAUCCUGACACUGCUACUUGCAUAAUUUUCUGUUGACCUGUAAUUGUGCAUAAUCUACAUGUGUGACCCUAAUAAUGCAUUACAAGAAAGGGUGUCACUGAAAGUAACUCCCAAGGCCUUUGACAGCCUCCUGUUGCAGCUGACUUCUGCCUCCUGAUGGGACAACUCCAGCACAGCCCAGAAUGCAGGGGUUCUGUGUCAGCCGCAAGUGAGGGGACCCAGGAAGGGGAGGCAGCCAGCCCAUGGUCAUCCAGUGUCCCGAGCCCAUACACAAUUCCAACAUAGUUUUUCAUUUUUGUUUUUUCCUAGUCUGAGGCAUGAUUCUCUUGACAUACGGAUUGAGAUGUUGGUAGUUCCUUAAAAUCUCCAAGCAUUUGGUAGAAUUGAAAUGACAGCAGAGCCACAGGCCUCUUAUUCUACUUUGGAAUCGAGCUAAUGUGGGAAAUUCACCCAAGUGUAAUAAGGACAGGUAGUGGAUUUGUUUUUUAAAGCAUGUGCUGGGUAAAGAAACUUCUGUGUUUGGGGUUCUUGUCUUUUCAGGUCCUUUAUAACUCCUCACCACCCAUCACCGUGGAAUCCUGAUUAGAGCAAGAAAAAAGAAAAGGUUUUCCUCUGCACUCUGCCAGUUUGAGCACACACUUGGAUACCCAUGCCUGAAGGGAUGCCACUUUUUUCCUAACAUAAGCUCAAGGGCAAGUAGUGAAAUCCUUAGUGAUCUGUGCCCACCAGCCAGGCAUCGACAAGGGUAGGAUAGGUAUGAGCUGCUGCAGACAAUGCAGAGGACAAUGCCCUGCAGCAGCAGAUGAAAACUGGUCACAGCUUCCAUUUGCUGAGUACUCGCUAGAUGCCAGGCACUUAAGUCCUCUUUCCACUCACCUUCCAAAUACAAAAAGAAGGUGGCUGCUGCAUUUCCACCUUCCGAAGGAAUUCUGGGGCACAUAUUUCCAAUUUGGCUUAGCUGACAACAUAGGCCAUAGUCUCUAAGCCUUUCCUGACAUGUUAAAUACUUCCAACCUGUGUCUUCUUUGGGAUAAUGAGUUUUCAUAAGGUAACGCCUUGCUGUGAUGUGUGCUGUCAAGUCAACUCAGAUUCACAGCGACUCUAUAGGACAGAGUAGAACUGCAGCAAAUGUUUUCAAGGCUGUAAAUCUUUACAGGAGCAGAUCUCCAGGUCUUUUCUCCUGCAGGGCAGCGGGUGGGUUUGAACCGCUGACAUUUCUUUUGCUUAGCAGCUGAGUGCUUAACCAUUGUGUCACCAGGGAUUCUUCACCUUGCUGUCAGCGUUACGAUUUGGCCUGCAGUUAUCUCCUUAAAGUUUCUGACCAAAGAGGGAAAGUGAGAACAGGAAGUUAAUGGUUAGUGUCUUAGUUAUCUACUGCUGGGGCUAUAACAGAAUUACCACAAGUGGAUGGCUUUAAUAAAGAGAAAUUUAUUCUCUCACACUCUAGUAGGCUAGAUGUUCAAAUUCAGGGAGUCAGCUCCAGGGGAAAGCUUUCUCUCUCUGUUGGCUCUGGAAGAAGGUCCUUAUCAUCAAUCUUUUCUUGGUCUAGGAACUUCUCAGUGCAGGAACCCUGGGUCCAAAGGAUGUGCUCUGCUCUGGGCAUUGCUUUCUUGGUGGUACGAGGUCCCCCUGUCUCUGCUAGAUUCUCUUUUAUGUCUCAGAAGAGAUUGACUUUAGACACAACCUGAUCUUUAGAUUGAAUCCUGCCUCAUUAACGUAACUGCCUGUAAUCCUGCCUCCUUAACAUCAUAGAGGCAGGAUUUACAACACAGGAAAAUCAUAUCAGAUGACAAAAUGGUGGCUAAUCACACAACACUAGGAAUCAUGGCCUAGCUAAGUUGGCAUUCUUGGGGGACACAGUUCACCCCAUAGCAGUAUUUGAGGAUAUGAUGAUUAAUUCUAGUCACUCUAGUCCUACCUAUUAAGUUAUCUAUGACUUUGUAUCAAAUCUGCAUAACCAUGUUUCCAUACUGAAGACUCCGGAUCUUUUUCCACAGUCCAAAAACUUAAGCCCACGUGUGUACUGUAGGUCUCUGUUGAUACCAGUCUUCCUACAGCCUGAACACUUAGAGUGGUUUCUAAAAUCAUGUGCUCCCAUCCCCCCACUGAAAGGCAUAGGAACUCCUUCAUUCCUUUACUCCUCACCAUCCCCAGGACCUAGAACAUAGUAAACGAAGAAAAGAAAAACCAAACCCAUUGUUGUUGAGUCUGUUCCAAUUCACGGUGACUCUGACUACCCCAUAGGGUUUCCAAGGAGCACCUGAUGGAUUUCAACUGCCGACCUUUUGGUUAGCAACAGAUCUCAACACUACACCACCAGGGUUUCCAAAGUAGAUAAUAAAUGAGGGCUCUUGAGCUUUCUCGUAAAGCAGCCUCUCAUCUCAACCUCAGUGGCCCGUCUACAUCCUUGUGACUGACUUUUUUUGAGAUGUGGAGGCCAGAACCACACAGUCCUCCAGCUAUCCCUGCAACAUGCUUUUGUGUCUUCAAUUUCUUUCCAGGUGAUGAACCAGCAACAACUUGACUUUUGGAGGGGCCAUAACUGCAAAGUUCAUGAUCUUAGGGCCACAAUGAUCCUAAAUCUAUUUCUAGGUCACAAAACUAAAGAGUUCAUCAGCCUAAACAGAUCAAAUGUGAAGAGAUUUUUCCUUACAAGUGUUUCUAGAACCAUACUCCUGGCCCUGGUGCCCUGGUCAGCCAGCCAGGUAGACCCCAAACAUUUAUGGCCACUGUUGCAAACUAGGAAACCCUGGUGGUGUAGUGGUUAAGGGCUAUGGCUGCUAACCAAAAGGUAGGCAGUUCGGAUUGACCAGGCACUCCUUGGAAACUCUGUGGGGCAGUUCUGCUCUGUCCUACAGGGUGGCUAUGAGUCGGAAUUGACUCCAUGGCAACUUUUUUUUUUUUGGUUGCAAACUAGGCACUGUUCCACAUGCCAGGGACACAGAGGUGAAGGCCACGGUCGCUUGCACUUACGCAGCUCACUGACAAGUGAGAAAUGAGGCACGCAGAUGGCUUGCCCCUGCAGAGCAUCUGCUACUGAUACCUACAAAACCUGGGGAACACAGCAGACAGCUCCAUGCUGCCGCUUCUGCUUCCCUGCUCAGUCUGUCUUGCUGGGGGCUGGUCAAGCCGGGGCCCACCCACAGCUCUUAUCAGACCCUUAUUUGGCAUGUGACCUUCCACAGUCCCCUCUCCAGCCGGCCACUGUUCCCCUUCAUGCUCCUUUCCUGGGGUCUGGGCUGUAAAAAAUGCUCUGAUACGAAAUACCCCCAGGCCCACCCUGGGCUCCACUGGGCCCUCUGGUGCUGGGCUCAGCCUGAGUGGCUUCUCCUGGGGGCAGAAUCUUAAUCUCCUCCUCAGAGCAGGCCCUCACUUUUACAAGGUACUCCAGGCAGAAGUCUGGGGAACAGUGAGCAACUAUGCCCUUAGGUCCAUUUUUCAGGUAUUUGCCCACUGGACUGCAGCUGCAAAAGACCCAGAAGCUUCCUUUAUUUUCAAAGCAACAGGACAGGCACUCCAGGCCUAAUGUUUACUGCACAGCAUUGGGUUUCAGGGAAACAUGUUUUUCAUAUGUCUUAAUUAGAGCUAGAACUAAGCCCCUCAGAGGGGUGUCAUUUCCUGACUAUCCCUGGGAAGCACCACACGCCUGGCUGCCAACAUGCUCUGCACAGAAAGCUGCUCUGUUCUUCCUCUUCUCUUUCUCUCUCUCUCACAUAUACACAAAGUCACUCAUGGUGUAAGUCACUAUAUGGGUUUCUAAGCUUUCUCUGAACCCAGCUAUGUCUUGUUGACAGAGUGAGUUGUGAAUAUGAGUGUACAGUGAGGCUCUGCACCCUUUAGUUGUUACCAAACAUGAUAUUAAAUAAACAAGCCAUGCCACUUCUGGGCUGUGAGUCUUGACUCUGGGGCACCCUGAGUCGGCUAGUUGAUGGCCAAGACCAGACUUCCUGUAGAUGGUGCUACUCACCUCUGUGAUGUGAUCUCCUGGUCCCAGCUCCAACAUGGCUGUCCCUCAGAGGGUCCUCAAUUUGAGGAACCCAAAAGUAUUGCCUACAGGCCUCUGAUGCAGUGGCAGGAACACUGGAUGAGGUUCCAACUCUGUGUUGACAGGAAGUGAUUUUGGCCAAGUCACUCCCUCCUUCAUAAGACCUCGGUUUCCUCACCUGUAAAAUAGUAAUAGCUGAUAUGUAUUAGGAAACCUUGGUGAUAUAGUGGUUAAGACCUAUGGCUGCUAACCCAAAGGUUGGCAGUUCGAAUCCAGCAGGCGCUCCUUGGAAACCGUAUGGGAUAGUUUUACUCUGUCCUAUAGGGUCGCUCCGAGUCAGAAUCGACUCGAUGGCAACAGGUUUAGUAGGAUUAUUUAUUAAGGUAACAACACCAUAUGCCAGGAACUAUGCUCAGGGCCAAACAGACACAUGGUAACCCUGGCAGGCUAACAAUGUGGUGCCUUAUCAAACCCAUAGCCUUCAAAUGUUUGUUCAAUGUUUAUUUGAUAGAGGGAGCAGUGAGAACUUGAUUUCCUAUUACUAAAAAUUAUAGAUAGAAAGAUGCACUCAUUUACUUUUACUGGCCACAGUAGAGUCAGUUGUCUGAACAAAAGUGGAUUUUUUUUUUUUUAAACAAAAUAUUGCCCUUUUUUUUUUUUUUUUUUUAAGAUUUUUGUUCCUUCAGUUUUUGGCUCUGCUUUUCCAAACCAGGUAACUUCUUGGGAGGCAUAUUGAAAGAACUCAGCAUUUCAAUAAUGAAAUGAGUCACUCCUUCCCUGAGCGUUAUUCAGGCUCCCAAUUUCAGCCGAGCACCCCGCCAACUUUCAGCAGGCGGAGAGGGAGCCUGCACGGGAGCACUGGAAAACACUCAAAAGAUAGGCGGGCGUUAUUUGAUCAAGCAAAGCUUUCAUACUUUGCUGGCUGCACAGGAUCCAUUUACAUUUCAGCAGUUACAUAAGGAGACACCUGCAGAGAUCUGAGUUAACUGACACAUACUUUGAUUUAUUGAAGUGAUUUUGAAAAAAAAAAAAAUUAGGGAAUAUUUCUAACGUACAGAUGAGUAGAGAAAAUAAUGAUGCCCAUGUACCCAUCACCAAGAUUAAACAUGGUCACAUUUUUGCUAUCUUUGCUUAGGAGGGUUUAUUUUUAAGAAAUAAAAUGUUACAGAUACAACUGAAGCAAGUCCCACGUCUUUUCCCCCACCCACCCCUCAUCGGAGGAGCUGGUGGGUGUCAUUCCCAUGAACGAUUUUGCACUUUUACUGCUCGUGCGUGAAUCCGCAAACAAUCUGGUCUAUUGCUUUGGGUGUUUUACAUGCAUGAUAGUUAUACAGUCAUCUGUCAUUCUUUUGGCUGCUGAGCGUGUGAGUCUGCCUUGUAUGUAGGAGGCAGAGAACACUAGAGAAGCUAAAAGGCCAGCUCCACUCUUGCAGCCAAGGAAUAGCAUGUGACCUAGGCUCUGCCAAUCAGACCCACUACCCCUAGUGUAACGAGCCCUGGUGGAGCAAACGGUUAAGUGCUCAGCUGCUAACCAAAAGGUUGGCAUUUUGAACCCACCCAGGGGCUCCACGGGAGAAAAGACCUGUUGGCCUGCUCUCAUAGAGAUUACAGCCUGGAAAACCCAAUGGGGCAGUUAUACUUGGUCACAUGGAGUUGCUAUGAGUUGAAAAUGGACUCAUGGACACCUCAUAAAAACCCCUAAGGUGGAAUCCUGCACAAGUGCUGCAGAGAAGCAGGGGUCACCCAGAGGCAGAGCAGUUGUGGAAUAGAUAAUUUCCAGGUAGCACAGGAAAUAGUUCCAGAGGCAGCUUUUACUGUCUAAAUCCAACAGUGACGGUGGUGGGACCUGGGGUUUGACUGCAGUCCCAGGGUUUAGUCUCGGCGCUUUGUUCUUUGGCGUCCCUGGGUGGUGCAAAUGGUUAAUGUGCUCAGCUACUAACUGAGAGGCUGGUGGUUCAAGUCCACCCGGAGGCACCUUGGAAGAAAGGCCUGGUGAUCUACUUCCAAAAAAUCAGCCCCUGGAAACCCGAUGGAGCACAGUUCCACUCUGACACACAUGGGGUCACCAUAAGUAGGAACUGAGUCAGCAGCAACUGGUUUCUCCAUCCGUCAGCUCUCCUGGUGGUUCUGUGAACUACCCAGUAUACCUCCAGUCAAUCCUUUUUCUUCAUAAAUCAGAAGAAUUUUCUGUUGCUUACAGUUAAAAACCUGCUUGAAAAAGUGUUAUCCUUUUGCAAGUUGCCGUUUUCAUUCAACAUUAUGUUUUUUCAUGUUCAAAUUGACAUAUGUGUUUUAUUCAUUUUAACUGCUGUUACUAAUUUCUUGUUGUUGUUGUUAGGUGACAUCGAGUCGGUUCUAACUCAUAGUGACCCUAUGUACAACAGAACAGAACACUGCCCGGUCUUUCGCCAUCCUCACAACUGUUGCUGUGUUUGAGCCCAUUGUUGCAGUCGCUGUGUCAAUCCAGUUCAUUGAGGGUCCUCCUUGUCACUGGCCCUCUCCUUUACCAAGCAUGAUGUCCUUCUACAGGGGCUUUUCCCCCUUGAUAACAUGUUCAAAGUACAUGACACAAAGUCUUGCCAUCCUGGCUUCUGAGGAGCAUUUUGGCCGUACUUCUUCUAAGACAGGUUUGUUCAUCUUCCUGGCAGUCCAUGGUAUGUAUAGUCAAUAUUCCUCGCCAACACCACAUUCAAAUGCAUUAAUUCUUCUUCAGUCUUGCUUAUUCAUUGUCCAGCUUUUGUGUGCAUUUGGGAGAUUGAAAACACCAUGGCUUGGGUCAGGUGCCCUGUAGUCCUCAAAGUGACGUCUUUGCUUUUUAACACUUUAAAGAGGUCCUUUGCAGCAGAUUUACCUACUGCAAUGCAUCUUUUGAUUUCUUGACUGCUGCUUCCAUGGCCGUUGAUUGUGGAUCCAAGUAAAAUGAAAUCCUUGACAACUUCAAUCUUUUUCUCCAUUUAUCAUGAUGUUGCUUCUUGGUUCAGUUGUGAGGAUUUUUUUUUUUUCUUUUAUGUGGAGGUGUAAUCCAUACUGAAGGUUGUGGUCUUUGAUCUUCAUCAGUAAGUGCUUCAAGUCCUCUUCCUUUUCAGCAAGCAAGGUUGUGCGUCUGCAUAUCGUAAGUUGCUAUUGAGUCUUUCUCCAAUCCUGAUGCCCUGUUCUUUUUCAUAUAGUCCAGCAUCUCGAAUUAUUUUUUCAGCAUACAGAUCUAAUUAGUAUGGUGAAAAGAUACAACCCUGAAGCACACCUUUCCUGAUUUUAAACCACACAGAAUCCCCUUGUUCUGCAAACAACUGCCUCUUGGUCUAUGUACAGGUUUCUCACGAGCACAAUUAAGUGUUCUGGAAUUUCUAUUAUUUGCAGUGUUAUCCAUAAUUUGUUAUGAUCUACGCAGUCGAAUGCCUUUGUAGAGUCAAUAAAACACAGUCAAACAUCUUUCUGGUAUUCUCUGCUUUCAGCCAGGAUCCAGCUGACAUCAGCAGUGAUAUUCCUCGUUCUACGUCCCCUUCUGAAUCGGGCCUGAGUCCUGUAGAUGUACUGCUGCAAAUGCUUCUGUGUUACCUUCAGCAAAAUUUUACUUGUGUGUGAUAUUAAUGAUGUUGUUGGACAAUUUCUGCAUCCUAUUGUAUCACCUUUCUUUGAAAUGGGCACAAAUAUGAAUCACUUCCAGCCAGUUGGCCAGGUAGCUAUCUUCCAAAUUUCUUGGCAUAGACAAGUAAGCGCUUCAAGUGCUGCAUCCGUUUGUUGAAACAUCUCGAUUGGUAUUCUGUCACUUCUUGAAGCUUUGUUUUUUUACAGUGCAUUUUUUUUUUUUUCAGUGCAGCUUGGACUUCUUCCUUUAGUACCGUCGGUUCUUGAUCAUAUGUUACCUCCUGAAAUGUCUGAAUGUCGACCAAUUCUUUUUGGUACAGUGACUCUGUAUAUUCCUUCCAUCUUCCCCCCGCCCCAUCUUCUUUUGAUGCAUCCUGUGUCAUUCAGUUUUUUGCCCAUAGAAUCCUUCAGUAUUGCAGCUGGAGACUUGAAUUUUUUCUUUAGUUCUUUCUACUUGAGAAAUGCCAAGCUUGUUCUUCCCUUUUGGUUUUCUAACUCCAGGUCUUUGCACAUCUCAUUAUAAUACUUUACUUUGUCUUCUCUAGCCGCCCUUUGAAAUCUUCUGUUCAGCUCUUUUUACUUCAUCAUUUCUUCUAUUUGCUUUAGGUACUCUGUGUUCAGCAGCAGGUUUCAGAGUCUCUUCUGACCUCCAACACUUACUAUACUGUACUACAAUUUGUUUAUGUCUGUCCUUCCACUUGAGUAUAAUAACUUGAGGACCUUGAUUAUAUUUUUACAUAUUGCUGAAUUUCAAUUUCCUUAUGUCUACAUGCUCAACAAAUGAUUGUUGAAUGAAUAAAGUAGAGGCGAACUCUAAAAUAAUGAAUGUGGCGUUUGGAGAAGCUGUUACUAAAUCUAAAUAAGGAACAUAGAAUGCACCCAUCAAAUUCAUGAGGUGUAUAUCUUCAAAAUCCAGCUGCAGUGAGAUUUUAAAAAGUAACAUGUACUGAUAAUUUUUAAAGCAGCAAGAUACCAACAUUGGUGCGAUUUCAGUUUCCCCCACAAAUUCACUUUAAAAAUCAGAUAUGUAGUUCUUAUUCACUGAAGAAAAAAUUUUAAAUAUAUAAAAAGCAAAAAGGAGGAAAAAUCAUCCAUAACCCCAUGAUGAAUAUCUGUCCCAUGGAUCCCAAAUUAAUUGAUACUUCUUUCAUCCAAUGCUUCACAGCUUCAAAGUUGUGCUCUACUUCCUCAGGCUACCCCCAUAAUAAGUAACAUGUAUUAUCUAGUGUCAAUGAAUGGAAGAAGCAAGAGCAGGAUAAUAUAUCCCUGGUCCAUAAUGUCCUUGAGUCUGGGCUGCCUCGGUAUUUGAAGCGUCAGUCUCCAAUAUGUAUGGAUAUAUCAAGUUGGCUUGUAUUAAGACAUUCCUUCCAUUUCACAACACUCAGGGCAUGGCCGGAGUUCAGGUGAAUUCUGACCCCUCGUCAGGAGAUUGAUGGGGGGUGGUUAGUCUAAUUGUUGAGGUUCAAAAUAAAAAGACAUUAGUCAUCACUGAAAUGAAUACCUAUGAUUUUUUGAGAGGCUCUCGGAGGUUUCACUUCAGCACCCCUAGAUGGCGCAGUGGUGAGUUUUUGUUAAGUGGAGCAAAGUCUGGGCAAGAGACUUAUUGAAAUAUAUAACCCAGAUUUAAGUAACCGUGUCAAUUAAGUACAUCACGUUCUUUCCCUUAGCUCUGCCCAACCUAA